AUGGUUUUGGGCCAUAUCGGUAAAGCCCUACUUGGAGGUUUACUUCCAUGUGUGGCGAAACCUGGCAGUCCUGUUUCCGAGAUCACUGUUGCUCUCAGGCGUAAAGAAUCCGAAGCGCGGCUUCGAGACCUCUUCCACAGCAGUCUAGCUCCGGUGAACUUCAUCUCCGGUCAAAAUAUCAAUGCAGUGAAGAAUGCAGACGCAGUUCUUUUUGCCUUUCCCCCAGAACAGGUACAUGAAGUCCUUGGGGCAACCGAAAUGCGACAAGCCUUGAGAGGCAAAAUUAUCAUCAGCAUUCUCGCGAGGACGCCUCGAGAUGAACUCAAACGAUUAAUCGAUGGCAAUGACAAGGCCGAUGGUCUCGCGACGAAUGACAUCCGACUCGUUCGUGCAAUGCCGACUAUAGGAACCGAGGUUCACGAAUCAGCGACUCUCAUCGGCGAUCUCAGUAGCCCUGUGAGAAAGAGGCAAUGGAAUUGGCGAUGUGGAUGUUCAAUUUAG